UGGAAAACAAUUCCAUGCGUGGGGCCCAAGAGACACGGGAGGUGGCUGCUAAAGAGUACGUUUGGGGAAGUGAGCCCCAGGACGGAAGAGAACCCCCCUCACCAUGCUCCCGGCUGUGCUGCUGCUGCUCCUGCUGCCCAGUCCAGACCCCAGGACUGCCCACGGGCACCCACUGUACACGCGCCUGCCCCCCAGCACCCUGCAAGUUCUGUCGGCGCAGGGGACACAGGUUCUCCAGGCCGCCCAGAGGAGCGCCCAAUGGGCCGUGAUGAGUUUGGCGACGAAGAUCCAGCACAAGCUGCAUGAGUGCCAAGGUUGUGCCAACGAUGCCACACGACCUGGACAUCUGAGGCACCUGGCCUCCUUCCUUCAGGACUCAUCCGAGUCAGGGCCGUGCGGGGAGAGACGCCCAGCUGCUGCCAACGUGACCCGGGCUCAGGGCCGCAUCGUGGGGGGCAGCGCCGCGCCGCCCGGGGCCUGGCCCUGGCUGGUGCGCCUGCGGCUGGGCCGGCAGCCUCUGUGCGGCGGCGUCCUGGUGGCGGCGUCCUGGGUGCUCACGGCUGCCCACUGCUUCGUGGGCGCCUCCAAUGAGCUCCUGUGGACCGUGGCUCUGGCCGAGGGGCCCCGUGGGGAGCAGGCGGAGGAGGUGCCCGUGAACCGCAUCCUGCCCCAUCCCAAGUUUGACCCGCAGACCUUCCACAAUGACCUGGCCUUGGUCCAGCUGUGGACGCCGGUGAGCCCCGCGGGCCCGGCGCGCCCCGUGUGCCUGCCCCGGGGGCCCCGCGAGCCCCCCGCCGGCACCCCGUGCACCAUCGCGGGCUGGGGGGCCCUCUUUGAAGAUGGGCCGGAGGCUGAGGCGCUGAGGGAGGCCCGGGUCCCCCUGCUUAGCGAGGACACCUGCAAGAGGGCCCUGGGGCCUGGCCUGCGCCCCAACACCAUGCUGUGCGCCGGCUACCUCGCCGGAGGCGUGGACUCCUGCCAGGGGGACUCUGGAGGCCCUCUCACCUGUGCCCAGCCUGGCCCCCACCCCAGGGAGGUCCUCUUCGGAGUCACUUCUUGGGGGGAUGGCUGUGGGGAGCCGGGCAAGCCCGGGGUCUACACCCGCGUGGCCGUGUUCCAAGACUGGCUCCGGGAGCAAAUGAGCGCCGCCGCCGCCGCCACCCGCGAGCCCAGCUGCAGGGAGCUCCUGGCCUGGGCCGCGCCCGCGGAGCCGCCCGCGGACGCCGCCGCCCCCCCGGGGCUCUGCGCCUUCUACGCCCGCCGGUGCCCGCGCGCCGCCGACCGCGCCUGUGCGCGCCUCGCGCACCAGCAGUGCCUGCAGCGCCGGGGCCGUUGCGAGCUGCGGUCGCUGGCGCACACGCUGCUGGGCCUGCUGCGGGGCGCCCAGGACCUGCUCGGCCCGCGCCCGGGGCUGCGGCGUCGGGCCCCGGCCCCCGCUCGCCCUGCUCGGGCGCUCCGGGAACCUCCGGGGCCCUCGCACUCAGGACGGCGGGCUGCCCGAGACACCUCACCGAAGCAGAGCCCCGAGCAGCGCGGGGACACAAAGGACUGCCCUGGCGUGAAGGCUCUGCAACAGAAGCUGGCUGCCCUUCAGAGGCUCCAUGCCUGGAUCCUGCAGGUCCCCACGGAACACUUGGCCAUGAACUUCCACGAGGUGCUGGCAGAUCUGGGCUCCAAGACCCUGACUGGACUCUUCCGAGCCUGGGUGCGGGCAGGCUUGGGGGACCGGCACGUGGUCUUCCCGGGUCUGGUGGGACUGGAGCCGGCCACACUGGCUCGCAGCCUCCCCCGGCUGCUUGUGCAGGCCCUGCAGGCCUUCCGAUCAUCCUUGGGAGCACCAUCGAGGUAGCCCUCCGGCUCUCUCAGCCAGGCCGCCAGGAGGAGGAGUCACAGCUCUCCGGGGCUAAGGGGGGUCCAG